CUGGCAGCGCGCCCAAGUCGCAUUGCAUCUCGUCGCGCUUUCGCCGAUGUAAAAAGGCCAUCCACCGCACCCAAACCAAUCAUCGACGUCAGACACAUCCGGGAAAACCCAGAACUAUACGAGAAAAACUGCCUCGAUCGUAACUAUCUCGCCCAAAGCAAAAGUCCAGCUCGCAUCAACAGAGCUUUUGCGCAAUGGCAGGCUCUGCAAAAAGAUAGUCGCGCCGUCCGUGAGAGGUCUAACCUGCUCCGCCGCCAAAUCGCCAACCCGGCAUCGAGCCGUGAUGACGAUGACUUUGUCGAUAUCCGAAAAUUGUCGCGUGAUCAGCUUCUUGAGGAGGCUCGUGUUCUCAAGCAGAAACUUUCGACCGUCGAGCAGGAAGAGGCGAAGCUUGUUGAAGAGAUGGAGACUCUCGCACUGGCCAUCCCGAAUCUCACCAGCGAGGCGACUCCUAUCGGCAACGAGCCGUUACUGCUGAGUUACAUCAACGAUCACCCAGUCCAGCCUGCAAGUGCCUCCGACAAGGUGUGGCGGUCCCACGUCCACAUCGGCUCGGAACUCGGCCUGCUCGACUUUGCUGCCGCUGGCUCCACCUCCGGCUGGGGAUGGUACUAUCUUCUAGACGAGGCGGCUCAACUAGAGCAGGCUCUCGUCCAGUAUGCCCUGGCUGUUGCUACGAGACACGGCUGGCGCCAGGUCGCACCGCCGAGUGUGGUCUACAGCCAUGUCGCCUCGGCCUGCGGUUUCCAGCCACGGGACCAGAACGAUGAGCAACAGAUCUACACCCUUUCUCAGUCCCAGGACGAUGUUGAGAGGGGCAAGCCUGAGCUCUGCCUCGCGGGCACCUCAGAGAUUCCACUUGCGGGUAUGAAGGCGGAAACAACGUUGGAUGCUUCGGAAUUGCCCAUGAAAAGAGUUGCCGUAUCCCGAUGCUACCGCGCCGAGGCGGGGGCCCGUGGCGCCAGUACCAAGGGUCUCUAUCGCGUCCACGAGUUUACCAAGGUGGAGAUGUUUGCCUGGACAAGUCCCGAUGCCGACGAGACGGGUGAUAUUUACGAAGAGAUGUUGGAUAUCCAGACUGAGAUCCUAGGCUCCCUAGGUUUGCACUGUCGAGUACUCGAGAUGCCCUCAGGCGAUCUCGGCGCGUCAGCAGUCCGCAAAUGCGAUAUCGAGGCCUUUUUCCCGUCUCGCCAGCAGCAGAAUGAUGGCUGGGGCGAGGUCACAUCUGCCAGCAUCUGCACCGAUUACCAAACCCGACGACUGGCUACGAGGGCCAAGAUUGAUGGCAAGCUCACGUUCCCUUGGACCGUCAAUGGCACUGCCCUCGCUAUUCCAAGAGUACUUGCGGCUGUCUUGGAAGCGGGAUGGAACGAGAAGGACGUCUCCGUUGCCAUUCCAGAAUGUCUCCAACCCUGGAUGGACGGCAAGGACAAGAUUGUACGCAAACACGUCUCCUCGUAG